UGGGCCAAUGGCGGAGAGCGGUGCGGUGCGGUUAGGCUGCGCUGGCUGAGGCGAGCGGAGCUUUGUGAGGCAGGUAGCGCUGGUUCCUGCCCGGCUCUGCUUCUGGCGGACCCCCGCCCCUGAGAGCAGCCCCGCCCCCCGGUAGGGCCCGAUCCCCGAGCGGCCCCCGGAGCUGUGGAGGCCGCCCCGCGCUGCGGGCCAGGGCCCGACCCAGGUCUCGCCAGGCUCCUGAGCCCGCCGCCGGCCGCCCAGCUCUCAAGGCAGGAGUGCUGGGGUGCGCUGUGGGCCCGGAGUCAGGCUGAUGCAACGUCCCUGCCCCCCGCUUGCCUUGCGCGGCCCCCCGCUGCGAGCCGGGGGGGCUGGCUGACCUGCUAGGGCCUUGUGCUGCCCCCGCCCGGCUCCCCGCCGGGCUUUGGGCCUUCUCAGCCCUUCCCCCAGCGCCUCACCAUGGCCGGUGCCAUCGCGUCUCGGAUGAGCUUCAGCUCCCUGAAGCGAAAACAGCCGAAAACCUUCACGGUGCGGAUUAUUACCAUGGACGCCGAGAUGGAGUUCAACUGUGAGGUGAAGUGGAAAGGGAAAGAUUUGUUUGACUUGGUGUGCAGGACACUAGGACUCCGAGAAACCUGGUUCUUUGGACUUCAGUACACGAUCAAGGAUACCGUGGCCUGGCUCAAAAUGGACAAGAAGGUUCUGGAUCAUGACGUUCCAACAGAGGAGCCGGUCACUUUUCACUUCCUUGCCAAAUUUUACCCUGAGAAUGCGGAGGAGGAGCUGGUUCAGGAGAUCACACAGCACUUGUUCUUUCUGCAGGUAAAGAAACAGAUUUUAGAUGAGAAGAUCUACUGUCCUCCUGAGGCAUCUGUGCUGCUGGCCUCCUAUGCCGUCCAAGCCAAGUAUGGUGAUUACGAUCCCACUGUUCACCAGCGUGGCUUCUUAGCACAAGAGGAGUUGCUUCCAAAACGGGUAAUUAACCUGUACCAGAUGACUCCAGAAAUGUGGGAGGAAAGAAUAACAGCCUGGUAUGCAGAACAUCGAGGCAGGGCAAGAGAUGAAGCUGAAAUGGAAUAUUUGAAGAUCGCUCAGGACCUGGAGAUGUAUGGAGUAAACUACUUUGCAAUUAGGAAUAAGAAGGGCACCGAGCUGUUGCUUGGGGUUGAUGCACUGGGGCUUCACAUCUACGACCCAGAAAACAGGCUGACCCCCAAAAUCUCUUUUCCAUGGAAUGAGAUCCGGAAUAUCUCUUACAGUGAUAAGGAGUUUACAAUUAAGCCACUGGACAAAAAGAUCGAUGUCUUUAAAUUCAAUUCAUCAAAGCUGCGUGUGAAUAAGCUGAUUCUUCAGCUGUGUAUUGGAAACCACGAUCUAUUCAUGAGGAGGAGAAAGGCAGACUCUUUGGAAGUCCAGCAGAUGAAAGCACAGGCCAGGGAGGAGAAGGCCAGAAAGCAGAUGGAACGACAGCGGCUGGCUCGAGAGAAGCAGAUGAGGGAAGAGGCAGAGAGAACAAGGGAUGAGUUGGAGAGGAGGUUGUUGCAGUUAAAGGAGGAGGCGACAAUGGCCAAUGAGGCUCUGAUGAGAUCUGAAGAGACCGCAGACUUGCUGGCUGAAAAAGCGCAGAUCACAGAAGAGGAAGCCAAGCUGCUGGCUCAGAAAGCAGCUGAGGCCGAGCAGGAGAUGCAGCGGAUCAAAGCCACGGCAAUCCGGACAGAGGAGGAGAAACGGUUGAUGGAACAAAAGGUCCUGGAGGCAGAGAUGUUGGCAUUGAAGAUGGCAGAAGAAUCGGAGAGAAGGGCAAAGGAAGCUGAUCAGCUAAAGCAGGACCUUCAAGAGGCUCGAGAGUCUGAGCGGAGAGCAAAGCAGAAGCUCUUGGAGAUCACCAGCAAGUCGUCCUACACUCAGCCCAUGAACUCAGGUAUGACAGCGCUGCCUGCCGACCUGCCAAGCUUCAACCUCAUCAGUGAGAGCCUCUCCUUUGACUUCAAGGAUACAGACAUGAAGAGACUUUCCAUGGAAAUAGAGAAAGAGAAAGUGGAGUACAUGGAGAAGAGCAAGCACCUGCAGGAGCAACUGAAUGAGUUGAAGACUGAGAUUGAGGCGCUGAAACUGAAGGAGAGGGAGACAGCGCUGGAUAUACUGCACAACGAGAAUGCUGACCGAGGCAACAGCAAGCACAACACCAUUAAAAAGCCUCAAGCCCAGGGCAGAAGACCUAUCUGCAUUUGAGACUUCAAAGUAGGUUAUUCCAAGCUCACCUUGCAGAGCACCAAGUCCCGUGUGGCCUUCUUCGAGGAGCUCUAGGAGGUGAUCCAACCAUCCUGCACUGCUGCUUCCAGCGAGCCAGCCACUUGCCAGCCAGAACCUCCUUCAGCAAGGCCAUAUAGGCACAUCCCACUGGCUGGGGAGCCAGGAACGCAGCCUCUCUACAUGCUGGCUGAGUGCAUUCUGGGACAUGAUGCUGCUCCUGUGCAAUGGACUUGGUCCGUCAGCUGUCCGUGGAUUUCAGCGUGAUGAUCUCUAGUUUAGAGUAUCCUAAUCCCCCUUGUAGGUUUUUAACUAGCUACCCUCUUCUGCCGUUUAUAAUGCAGAGCUGUGUAUCCCUUGCAGUCUUUUAAAGCAGUAUUUGUAUUUGGCUGUGACUAUCAUGUGACCUCUUGGGAGAGGGUGAGCAGGCGCGUGUGCCUUGGAAGGGACGCCUUUCCCUUCCGGCCCUGCUUUAGGGAAUACCACAAAUAAUGUGCACUUCUGCAGGUGGAGAUAUGGCACCUUCAGCAGUUCGGGAGCCAGGCGGCGGGAUGUGCGCUACCCUCUCCAUACCCCCAGUACUUCUGCCUGACUUUUGGAGGGGCUGAGUACUGGUAGCCCCCAUUGGUGACACACACAGUGAUAUAAUGGAUGCUUUAAUCAGUGUUACAGCCUCCCCUACAAGGGCGUGAUUAGGUCUGGUCUUCCUGCCUGUCAGAGAAUCUAAUAGACCUAGAAGGGGUUCAGAGAUACGCCGUGGAAAUAGGUUUGGAACGACUUCUGUAUAAGGAGAGAUUGAAAAGACUCUAGCUGUUUACCUUAGAGAGCUGCCGCAUAGCGGGGACACUACAAAGGUGUGCAAACUAAUGAAUGGUAUGACGCAAGAGCAAGGGCAUAGUCAAGGAAACGGAAAAGUGGCAUAUCCAGCACUGAUCAAAGGAAAUGCUUUCCCACACAGUGUGCAAUGAGCCUCUGGAACUCCUUGCUACAAGAUUCCACUGACACCAAGAAUUUUGUAGGAUUAGAUCUUUGUCUGGAUACAAAAAUAGCCAGAAAUCUAGCAGUGGACAUUUACAAAGUGAAGGGGUUCUGGAAGAGAUAUGAACCUUGUAGAUCAGGAGGGAAUUUCCUCUGUGCCCUGGUCAUCCCAUAGCUACCUAUUGCAGCCUUCUUUUCACUUUCCUCUGAAGCAUCUGGCACUGGCCACUGGUGGAGAUGGGCUAGAAGGACCAUGGGUCUGAUCCACUGUCAGUUCCUGUUCAUGGGAGCUGCAUGUGCUCAGCCUCUCUGCACAUCACCUCCCUUGCUCCAUUUUAACUCCCCUGGUAGAGUGGUAACCAGCUCCCCACGAGCUGGGACUCUACUGAGAGCAGUCCCAGCAUCUCUUUACUGCUGAGUCCUGUUGACUGAGAGUGGCAGGAGCAGCCUUGCUCUGGUGGUAGCAGAGCCUCUGGUUUCCAGUCCCUGAAGGACCAUGCUGUGAACACUCAUGCACCCCGUGCCUGCCGUGAGAGAGCCAAGCAACAGGGUUGAGUUACUAAGCAAUCAAGGUGAGGUUGGCUGCUAAAUGAAGUAGCUCUCUCCUAGCCAGGGACUCUUGGCAGCUAUGUCGAAGAAGUCAGUGGCAUCCUCAGCUCUUGAAAGGACAUAGGGCUGCUGCUUUGGAAGGAGAGGAGUAACUCCUGGCAUAUGCUUUGUCAUCAUCCUGUCUCCUUGGUCAGUGCUAGCACCCAUCCCGCCCUGCUUUGUAUUCUCUGUUUUGGGGGGUGAGUGGGGAGAGGUGCAGAAAUCACUUUCAAUUUAUCUCCCAGGUGCUGGAAGGAGGGGGGCUGCCGCACCCGCUGGCUUGAAGUAGUUUUCACUAUAUCGAGGAUUUACAGUUUGGUUCAAUGGCUCCCAGCACCCCCCCACCAUACAAAUUGUUCCAGCACCACUGUUGGCAGCCCCUCAUGGGAGGGAGGAAGGAAUGGAUAGCUCAGUGGUUUGAGCAUUGGCCUGCUAAACCCAGGGUUGUGAGUUCAAUCCUUGAGGGGGCCAUUUAAGACUCUAGGGCAAAAAUCUGUCUGGGGAUUGGUCCUGUUUGAGCAGGGGGUUGGACUAGAUGACCUCCUGAGGUCCCUUCCAAGCCUGAGAUUCUAUGAUCCUAAUGCACUUAUGAACUAUUGGGCCCUGCCUUUGUGUAAUGGCCUCUGGUCUACUCCUACACACACACACACAACCUACUUACAGGCAGCUAUUAUCGCUUAAGCUCACCCCUUUGCUAUUCUAUGUUUUGUUCUGCACCAGCAUAAAGCUUUCGUGCCCUGGCGGUUAUAUUCAUUACAUAUACAGAAAUACACUAUUCAACCCUUAAGCACUGCUGCUGCUUCCCAGACUGCCAGCCAGUUUGAACAGUGCAUCUUCUAAAGGGUUAAUCCAGGUGCUCUCCUGGAAUGCAGUGUGUCAGGAUCUUUUCUGUGACUUGGGGCCACUUGGAGUGUAGGGAAGCAUGAUUCCUCCCAGGGCAAACAGCAUUGACUCCCCAUGUCCUCUCGUCGAUGCUGCAAGGACAGCAAGCGCUAGGCAUGUCUCCUGCCGGACAACAGCUUCAGUGUCAUGCCAAUGGCUGGUCUUUAAUCCCACCUAACCAUACAGCCUGAACUCUAGAGUGGGAGCUUCUCACACAUAUACCACCAUAAAGGGUUAAGGCCACGAUGCUAAAUGUUUGUAUAUCUUUUGUAUCAAUGUUCUUUGCCACCCUAGGGAGCAGAAAGAACACCCAAAGGUCCCAGCAGGAAGCCUUGCAGGUAGCAAUGGGGUAUCCCACAGAUUGGAGCAGGCUGCAAAGUUGCAAUAACAUUGGGCUAUGGAUUAGCUUUUCUCUUGGGCUGGCUCAGUUCAGGUGACUGGGAUUAAGUCCCGCUCAGAGUCUCCAUCCUAAAUCCUGCUUUUUAGGGGUUUAUAGAUCAGCUCUUAGCACUCCAUCAGGGCUAUAACCUCAGUAGAUCCGGGCUUGGCUUAGGAGCAGAAAGAUGCUAAAUUUAAAAAGGAAAAACUGUUAAGCCAUUUUCAAGUUAUAAGAGCAGAAAAGUGACCUGAUGUGAGGGGUUGAUUUCCAGUAAAGGGACAAAAGGGAAGCGGGGGAACAAAAUCUCUUAUUAAAAGAUGUUUUUCCAUCAAUCAGCCUCUCUCCCUGCUUGUCUCUCCCUAGUGACUCAAUGUUAGUUAUGUUUACUGCCCCUCGGAAAGGUUGGGCUAGGGCCCUUGGGGUGAUCCAAGGGCUACACAGAACCAACAGCCAUUUCAGCUUGAAAUAGUGAAUCCUGGCCCCAGUGAGUCAAUGGGAAUUCAGGGGAGCCAGGAUUGCACCCAGAGUUUGCAACCAUUUCAUUGGUGCUAGUUAGAAACGCACAUUUCAUGCCAGUAUUUUACGUAUACACUUAGGUCCAGAUCUUCAAAGGUAUUUCAGUUCCUAAGUUAGGAGCCUAAAUACCUUUGAGGAUCCGGGCCUUAGACCAUGAUCCUGCAGUUAUAUAUACAUGUGGUCAACUUUGAGCUCAUGACUAAUUCCAGUGAAAUCAAGCCUGAUUUUAAGCUGGCUCCAAAUUGCAGUUUACCUUAUCUAUGCUUCAGGUUUACAAUGGAGCAGCUACAUGGCUGGCUGGUUAUAAAUUUCUGGAAUUGGGGCAAAUUCUGACUGGAACCAAGGCCAAAGAGGAGUUACUUCCCCACUCCUCUCCCCUUCUUAAUCCAGCACUGUCAUAACACAAGAGCCAGGGGUCUCCCACUGAAAUUAACAGGCAGCAGGUUUAAAACAAACACAAGGAAGAACUUCUUCACAUAGCGCACAGUCAGCCCAUGGAACUCAUCAGAAAAUGUGAUGGUCAAAACUAGACCUGGGUUCAAUAAAGAAUUUGGUAAAUUCAUGGAGGAUUGGUCCAUCAAUGGAUAUUAGUCAAGAUGGUUAGGGAUUAAACCCCAUGCUGCGGGUGUCUGUAAGCCUCUGACUGCCAGAUGCUGGGACUGGCCAAUGAGAUGGAUCACUCAGUAACUGCCCUGUACCAUUCAUUGCCUCUGGUACAGGUCACUGUCAGAGACAGGACGCUAGGCUAGAUGGACCAUUGAUCUGACCCAGUAUGGCCGUUCAUAUUUAAACAAUACUAGCAAUCGCGUCCUUGCUGCCCACUCUUAGCAAUUCUGAGCAAACACUAAUGGUCUGUCUUUAACCCACCCAAUUCACUUGCCUUUAUUUUACUUUUUUCAGCAGCCUGGUUUAAUCACAGAGGGCUGAAUCUAGUCCUGUGGUGACCAGCUGAGUUAUGGACAGGGUGGAUUUGGCCCAGAGUCAGCCCAUGGCUCAGCAUAGUCUAUCGUGGCUUUUAGCAGAUCACACCCUUGAACCCUUUUAUUUAAAAGGUCCCUGAUAUGCAUUGAAUCGCCUCCCAUUUGGAAGUGUAUGUGUCUGAAAUUCAGAUGGAUGAAGCAGUCUUUUCCUUGGGAUGGGAUCCGGGACAGAAAGGCCUUUUUUUUCUAUUCCCGUGGAUUGUUAUAUUCUAAAGAUACCAUCGUUUUCUCAUUUGUUUUAAUAAAAAUUGAAAGCAGUU